AGCCAUUUUUUGUUUCCCGUCUCCUCUCUCUCGUUCAAGAUCUUAAAAAAGGCGCCGCUCGUUGUCAAGGUACGCUGUUACCAUCUCCCUUUGAUAGAACGCUCUUCAGUUUUCUCACUAUAGUUUAACCUUUCUCAAGGUUUACCUCAUGUUCAAUCUAUUGAGAUGUGUAAUUAAAGAGAAAAAAAUGGCACGUGGAGUUGCAGCAGUUGCCAAGGGAAAGAAGAAGGGAGUGUCCUUCUCCAUUGAUUGCUCGAAGCCUGUCGAUGACAAGAUCAUGGAGAUUGCUUCCCUCGAGAAGUUCCUUCACGAGAGGAUCAAAGUCGGUGGUAAAGCCGGUGCACUCGGUGAUUCUGUCACAAUCACUCGUGAGAAGAACAAGAUCACUGUCUCUUCUGAUGGUCAAUUCUCCAAGAGGUAUUUGAAGUACUUGACAAAGAAGUACUUGAAGAAGCACAACGUGAGGGAUUGGCUUAGAGUGAUUGCGGCCAACAAGGACCGUAACCUCUAUGAGUUGAGGUACUUCAACAUUGCUGAGAACGAGGGCGAGGAAGAAGACUAGAAGAACUCUACUCGUGUUACCUGUUUCUGUUGUUUUGGUUUCUGCUCUUUCUCAAUACAAUUUAUCUUGGUUCUGUUUUUUUUUUGGCAGAUCUUAUUUAGUUUUGGUUGAACUAGACUCUGUUUUGUUUAAGAAGGGAAUAUUUUGGCAAAGAUCGUAUGAUUUAAGAAUCUCUGAGUAAGGUUUAAAUUAUUAGGGACGAAACUCAUUCAGAGUAACUAUUUUGACAGAAUGUAUUCCGAAACAUAUCGGUUUCAAGAUUCUAUACUAACAAGUGC